AUGCUGUCAAUAAACCGAUCCCCGCCGGUCAUGACGGCGUUCUUCCGACACACAUCAGUGACUAGGAUACCGAUCAUUAGAAACUGGAAGCCCGCCAAAAGAUACAGCUCUUCCAACGUUGUCGGCUCAGUGAAAGUCGACCAGACCAAAAAAUCUAACAAUCCCUCUAGAGCCCACGAGACAGACCACACAGAGCAGGCACAAAGAACCGGCAGCAGCAAAGGAAGAGAUCAUCCGGCUAAGCAACCAGAUCCGCAGGAGAGUCCGAGCAAGGCAACUGGAAUCCAGUCGGAGGGACCUGAUUCCAAAGCAGGGGCGAAGGAGGACAAAGGGGUCACCACUGAUCGUGGUGCCGGGCCAUUCAUGAAGCAGUGA